CAGGGAGGGAAUUGCUUUCCGGUAAUAGUAAAGGAACGUGAUACUGAAUGAAAACGCACCAACAGCAUCCUCAUUAGUCGGAGCCUGACUCCUGCUUAAUGUUGGUUUCUUUGUCAUCAGGUCUGCUAAAAAAUGACAGAAUAUAAACUUGUUGUCGUUGGAGCUGGUGGUGUAGGCAAGAGCGCCUUGACAAUACAGCUAAUUCAGAAUCACUUUGUGGAUGAAUAUGACCCUACAAUAGAGGAUUCCUACAGGAAGCAAGUAGUAAUUGAUGGAGAAACUUGUCUCUUGGAUAUUCUCGAUACAGCAGGUCAAGAAGAAUACAGUGCAAUGAGGGAUCAGUAUAUGAGAACAGGGGAAGGCUUCCUCUGUGUAUUUGCUAUAAACAAUACAAAGUCUUUUGAAGAUAUUCACCAUUAUAGGGAACAAAUAAAGAGAGUUAAAGACUCUGAAGAUGUCCCAAUGGUGCUAGUAGGAAACAAAUGUGAUUUGCCUUCCCGAACAGUAGAUACAAAACAAGCUCAGGAUUUAGCAAGAAGUUAUGGAAUUCCUUUCAUUGAAACAUCAGCAAAGACAAGACAGGGUGUUGAUGAUGCCUUCUAUACAUUAGUUCGAGAAAUCAGAAAACACAAAGAGAAGAUGAGCAAAGAUGGUAAAAAGAAGAAAAAGAAGACAAAGACAAAGUGUAUAAUUAUGUAAAUACAAUUUAUCCUUAUUCUUAAGAAGUACUUAAGUAAUUUUGUACAUUACACUAAAUUAUUAGCAUUUGUUUUAGCAUUACUUUACUUUCUGCUUCAUGAUCCUGUUAGCUUUACCUGAAUGCUUGUUUUAAAUGACAGUGGAAACUUCAUUCCUCUUAAAGUGCCAGUAUUCUUUGACUGUUGGUUCUUGAACUAGCAAUGCCUGUGAAAGAAAAAAAAAAAAAAAAGAAACAAAAAACACACAAAAACCUGAGAACUGUCUUAGGACUCUUUGGUGCAUGCACAGUUGCUAACUUCCUAUUUUUCUUACUGAUUGUGAACUUCUGUUCUGUGUGCAAACCAAACAAUGAAAUGAUGCUCUACACAUUCUAACAUCCCCUUUAAUUUUUUGGUUUUUAAAUCUGGUUGGGAAAAAGGACUAGUUAGCAAAAGAGACUUUCACUUCAGCCUUUCUUUUCUUUUAGACUGACUGCAAUAUAGAGAGACCAGAAGCCUUUAUAGUCUUCCUGUAGAUUUUGCUU